AGUCCACGGCGUCUUCUCGAUUUAAUUUUUUAAAAAGGAUCCAAACCACAGAGAGAGAGAUAGCUAGCUAUGGAAGGAGGAGCUGGUCUUUACAAUCCUCGCACCGUCGAAGAAGUUUUCAGAGAUUUCAAAGGCCGUAGAGCCGCCAUUGUCAAAGCUCUCACCUCCGAUGUUGGAGAGUUUUACCAGCAAUGCGACCCAGAGAAAGAGAAUCUUUGCUUGUAUGGGUUACCAAACGAACAAUGGGAAGUUAACUUACCAGCUGAAGAGGUGCCUCCAGAGCUUCCAGAGCCAGCUUUAGGCAUUAACUUUGCAAGAGAUGGGCUUUCUGAGAAGGAAUGGCUUUCUCUUGUUGCUAUCCACAGCGACACUUGGUUGCUCUCCGUCUCUUUUUACUUCGGGUCCAGAUUCGCUUUCGACAAAGCUGAUAGGAAACGCUUGUUUGAUAUGAUCAAUGGGGUUCCUACCAUUUUUGAAGUAGUCACUGGAAAUAUGAAAAAGCAAACAAAGGAAAAGUCCUCUGCUGCAAAUCGAUAUGGCAAUCUAUCCAAGUCUGAUUCGAAAGUGAGAUCUUCGGAUGGCAAAAACUCAAAGGCCGUGCAGGCAAGCAAUGAGGAAGAUGGAUCAGAGGAAGAGGAUGAGGAUGAACACGGGGAAACCCUCUGUGGUGCCUGUGGAGACGGUGAUGGUACUGGUACUGAUGAUUUCUGGAUCUGCUGUGACGUUUGCGAGGUAUGGUUCCAUGGGAAGUGUGUGAAGAUAACUCCAGCUAGAGCUGAGCAUAUCAAACAGUACAAGUGCCCUGCAUGUAGCAACAAAAGAGCACGACCUUAA